GGGCAGGCAGGCAGGCGGCGGUGGGAGGUACGGAGCUCGGCGUGGCAGGUAGAGGCUGGAUCCGUGCAAAAACGGCCGAGAGGUUCGGGAGGACGUAGCAGGAAGAUCUGUGGAUGCCAGACAGGCGGUUCUUUCCCUGCAUGCUCCCCUGCCUGGCACUGAUUUGGACUUGCUAUCAGUGCUAACAAGGCUGAAUGAACUGCCUGCGUCUGGCCCUGCCUGACCCCAGGCGACUCCCUGGUGAUCAUGUGGUGGCUGCUGUUGACCGCCACCACCACCGCCACGGUCCUCCUCCUCUCCGUGCCGCCCCCUGUCGUAGGCAUCCCGCCCAGGCAGGCCACGUUCGCUGUAUCAGACAUGGCUCUCACCCAUUUGGCGGUUCACCAUGACACAGGAGAGGUCUAUGUUGGAGCCAUCAACCGCAUCUACAAGCUUUUGGCCAACCUGACCCAGUUGCGGGUUCACCAGACGGGCCCGGUGCCGGAUGAUCCCCGGUGCUACCCUCCUCCGGGCGUGAGGCUCUGCGCUCACCGACUCUCCCCGGCCGACAAUGUGAACAAGUUGCUGCUGAUUGACUAUGCGGGCAGCCGCCUGGUGGCCUGUGGCAGCGUCUGGCAAGGCGUCUGCCAGCUCUUGCGACUGGACGAUUUGGCCAAGCUGGGUGAGCCGCACCAGCGUAAAGAGCACUACCUUUCGGGUGGGCGUGAACCUGAUGCCAUGGUGGGUGUGAUUGUGGAGCUGCCGAGACAGCCCAGCCAGUUCUUUGUGGGCACCUCCAUUGGAGGGCGCUCCGAAUACUUCCCCACCCUCUCCAGCCGCCGCCUGACUCCUGACGCCACCAGCCCCGAGAUGUUCAGCCUGGUGUAUCAAGAUGAGUUUGUCUCCUCCCAAAUCAAGGUUCCUUCGGACACACUCUCGCUCUACCCUGCCUUUGACAUCUACUAUGUGUCCGCCUUUGUCUCUGGCCGCUUUGUGUAUUUCCUCACCUUGCAGCUGGACACAGCCCAGACUCCUCUGGAGCCAGCAGGAGGUCCGGGAGGCCCUGGUGUGACUGGUGGGGAGCGGUUCUUCUCAUCCAAGAUUGUACGUCUAUGUGCCAACGACACCGAGUUUUACUCCUACGUGGAAUUUCCCCUGGGUUGCUCCAAGGACGGAGUGGAAUACCGCCUCGUGCAGGCGGCUCAGCUAGCCAAAGCAGGUCGACAGCUGGCUCAGUCCCUUGGCAUCGCCGAGGGGCAGGAUGUACUUUAUGCUGCCUUCUCCCAGGGCCAAAAGAACCGAGCGGCCCCACCGCGGGAGAGUCUUCUGUGCCUCUUCACCCUGGAUGAGGUCAACCAGCGCAUCCGUGAACGCAUCCAGUCAUGCUACCGUGGAGAAGGGCGCCUCUCGCUCCCGUGGCUUCUCAACAAAGAGCUCCCCUGCAUCAACACGCCCAUGCAGAUCAAUGGGAAUUUCUGUGGGCUGGUGCUCAACCAGCCCUUGGGGGGACUGCAGGUCAUCGAGGGGCACCCACUACUUGAAGAGAAGGCAGAGGGCAUGGCCAGUGUUGCUGCCUAUACCUACCGUGGCCACUCAGUUGUCUUUAUUGGGACCCGUGCUGGAAACCUCAAAAAGGUGCGUGUGGACAAUCCAAAUGAGGCCCAUCUUUAUGAGUCUGUGCCGGUUAUGCCUGGGGAGCCCCUGCUGCGUGACAUGGUCCUCAGCCCUGACCAGCGAUCUCUUUAUCUUCUCAGUCAGAGACAGGUGGUGCGACUUCCGGUAGAAAACUGUGAACAAUACACAUCAUGUGCUGAAUGCUUGGGUUCGAAAGACCCACACUGUGGCUGGUGUGUCCUCCACAACAGGUGUUGUAGAGAAAGCGAAUGCCCCCGUGCGGCAGAGCCUCACCGGUUCACAGCAACUCUAUCUCAAUGUGUGCAGCUGCUUGUGGAGCCCAAUAACAUCUCAGUGACAGAGCCUAGCAUUAUGCUUCAGCUUACUGUCUACUAUGUCCCAGACCUGAGUGCUGGCGUGACUUGCUCCUUUGAGAGCCUUGGAGAGAGUGAGGGGCAGCUCCAGGUGGAUGGAGGAAUCCAGUGCCUUUCUCCUACCUUGAGGGAUGAGCCCCCUGGGGAGUACGGUGAUGUCCGCACGGUUAAACUCCGCCUUCUUUCCAAGGAGACUGGUGUGGAAUUUGCCAGCACGAACUUUGUCUUUUAUGACUGUAGCCUUCUGCGCACGUGCCUGUCAUGUGUCAGCAGCCACUAUCCUUGCCACUGGUGUAAAUACAGACACACUUGCACCCACAAUGUUGCCAAAUGCUUCUUCCUAGAGGGACGAGUCAACACCACUGAGGGCUGCCCGGAGCUGCUCCCCGGUGGGGAGAUCUUGAUCCCGGUGGGAGUAUUGCAACCUAUUACCUUGCGUGCCAAGAACCUUCCACAGCCUCAGUCGGGGCAGAAGAACUACGAGUGUGUCUUGGGCAUCCAGGGCCGCCAGCAGCGGGUGCCAGCUGUACGCUUCAACUCCAGCAGCGUACAGUGCCAGAAUACCUCGUAUUGGUAUGAUGGUGAAGAAGUGGGAGAGCUGCUGCUGGAUUUUGAUGUAAUUUGGGAUGGAGACUUUGCCAUUGACAAGCCACCAGGCUUCAAAGCUCUCUUGUACAAGUGCUCUGCCCAGCGUUCCAGCUGUGGGCUCUGUCUCAAGUCAGACCCACGUUAUGAGUGUGGAUGGUGUGUCCCUGAACGCCGCUGUCUCUUGCGCCCGCACUGCCCUGCCUCCCGGCAGAAUUGGGUGCCACCAGGCCGGCGUGGAGCCCGCUGUGCCCACCCACGCAUCACCCAGGUACUGCCCUUGACAGGCCCCAAGGAAGGUGGGACCCGUGUGACAGUGUGGGGUGAGAAUCUGGGGCUUCAUUUCUUCGAAGUGGGGGUACGUGUGGCUGGUGUGCGCUGCAGUUCUCUCCCAGCUGAAUACAUAAGUGCUGAGAGGCUGGUGUGUGAAUUGGAGCCAUCACUUUUGCCCGACCCUCCCCCUGGGCCCGUGGAGCUUUGUGUAGGAGACUGCAGUGCUGACUACCGGACCCAAUCAGAUACUCCCUUCACCUUUGUGACACCCAGCUUUCAUGGUGUGGACCCAGAACGAGGUCCUGCUUCAGGUGGAACAAAAAUCAGCCUUUUAGGGUCCCAUCUGGAUGCUGGGAGCAAUGUCAGUGUUGCGAUCAGGGGAGCACCAUGUCAGCUGCUGAGGCGUAGCACAGGGGAGAUUGUCUGCCUGUCUCCCCCCUCGGCAGUAGGCCCAGGUCCUGCCAACCUCAGCCUGCGCAUUGACCGUGCUAACAUCAGCCCCAAUGGCACCAUCUCCUUCCGCUACAGUCCUGACCCAGUUAUCACAGCCAUUGAGCCUUCCUGGAGUAUUGCCAAUGGUAGUACCAGCCUCACCGUGAGUGGGACUCAUCUGCUGACAAUCCAGGAGCCACGGGUUCGAGCUGCAUACGGUGGCAUAGAAACCAUUAAUAGCUGCCAGGUUUUAAAUGACUCUGUAAUGCUGUGCAAAGCCCCAGGCAUUGUACCCGGGGAGCAGGCGCUGCCUCUUGCUGGCGCUCACCCGGAUGAGUUUGGCUUCCUCUUGGACCACGUGGCUGUUGUGCGAACCCUGAACCGCUCGGCCUUCACCUACUACCCUGACCCCAGCUUUGAGUCAUUUGGGCCCAGUGGCAUCCUGGAGAUCAAGCCUGGAUCCCACGUCGUCCUCAAGGGCAGAAACCUGAUCCCUGCAGUGUCUGGCAGCGCACGGCUCAACUAUACUGUGCUGAUAGGUGGAGAACCAUGCACUCUGACUGUUUCAGAGACCCAACUGCUGUGUGAUUCGCCAAGCCAAACUGGGGAGCAGCCAGUCACGAUCCUGGUGGGGGGUCUGUCCUUCUCCCCUGGGACCCUCCACAUCUACCCUGAGGCAGCGCUACCUUUGCCUGCACUUGUCGGUUUAGGAGCAGGGGGUAGUCUGCUUCUGGGAGCCAUCAUCGGGGUGCUGGUGGCCUACAAGCGGAAGACACGGGAUGCUGACCGCACUCUGAAACGCCUUCAGCUGCAAAUGGACAACCUGGAAUCUCGUGUAGCCCUGGAAUGCAAGGAAGCUUUUGCUGAGUUGCAGACAGACAUUAAUGAGCUGACCAACAACAUGGAUGGAGUGAAAAUCCCUUUCCUGGACUAUCGGACGUAUGCGAGGCGUGUGCUCUUCCCAGGAGUGGAUGAUCACCCUGCACUGCAGGAGACCAGUACUCCACCAAGCACCGAGAAGGGGCUUCGUCUCUUUGGGCAGCUGUUGCACACACGGCCCUUCCUGCUGACCUUCAUCCACACACUUGAAGGCCAGCGUGGCUUCUCCAUGCGGGAUCGUGGGGCUGUGGCAUCUCUGACUAUGGUGGCACUGCAGGGUCGGCUUGACUACGCUACUGGGGUGCUGAAGCAGCUGCUGGCGGACCUCAUUGAAAAGAAUCUGCAGAAUCGUGCCCACCCCAAGCUGUUGCUCCGUCGGACGGAGUCGGUGGCUGAAAAAAUGUUGACCAAUUGGUUUACUUUUCUUCUGCACAGGUUCCUCAAGGAAUGUGCUGGAGAACCCCUCUUCAUGCUUUUCUGUGCCAUCAAGCAGCAGAUGGAGAAGGGCCCUAUAGAUUCCAUCACUGGUGAGGCACGCUACUCAUUGAGCGAGGACAAGCUCAUACGGCAGCAGAUCGAUUACAAGACCUUGACCCUGUUAUGUACUCCACCGGAGCCACCUGGGGGGCCUGCCGUGCCUGUCAAGGUGUUAAACUGUGACUCAGUGACACAGGUGAAGGAGAAGUUGUUGGACGCUGUGUACCGAGGGGUGCCCUACUCCCAGCGCCCGCGUGCAGAGGACAUGGAACUGGAGUGGUGUCAGGGCAGUGGGGGCCGGACCAUCUUGCAGGAUGAGGAUGCCACAAGCCGGAUUGAGGGAGACUGGAAAAGGCUCAACACGCUAGGCCAUUAUCAGGUAACAGAUGGCUCCACAGUGGCACUGGUUCCUAGGCAGGCGUCAGGCUACAAUAUUGCCAGCUCCUUCACUUUCACCCACUCGCUGAGCCGCUAUGAGAGCUUGCUACGCACCUCCAGCAGCCCUGAAAGUUUGCGCUCACGAGCUCCCAUCCUCACUCCGGACCAAGAUUCAGGCACCCGCCUCUGGCAUCUGGUCAAGAACCACGAGCACCUUGGAGAUCCCAAAGAAGGGGAACGAGGGAGCAAGAUGGUAUCUGAGAUCUACCUCACCCGGCUCCUUGCCACUAAGGGCACGCUGCAGAAGUUUGUAGAUGAUCUGUUUGAGACUGUGUUCAGCACAGCGCAUCGUGCCAGCGCCCUCCCCCUGCCCAUCAAAUACAUGUUUGACUUCCUGGAUGAGCAGGCGGAGAGGAGACAGAUAGGUGACCCUGACGUCCGGCAUACCUGGAAGAGUAAUUGCCUGCCUUUGCGGUUCUGGGUAAAUGUCAUCAAGAAUCCACAGUUUGUUUUUGACAUCCACAAGAGCAGUAUCACAGACGCUUGCCUUUCUGUGGUGGCCCAAACCUUCAUGGACUCAUGUUCCACCUCUGAACACCGCCUGGGCAAGGAUUCCCCAUCAACAAAGCUGCUAUACGCCAAGGACAUUCCUGUCUAUAAAGGCUGGGUGGAAAGGUACUAUCGGGACAUCAGCAAGAUGGCAUCCAUCAGUGAUCAAGAUAUGGAUGCUUAUCUAGUAGAACAAUCCCGGCAGCAUGCGGGUGAAUUUAACACCCUUGGUGCACUGGGAGAGCUCUACAGCUACGUGGGAAGGUACCGUGAUGAGAUCCUGACGGCGCUGGAACGUGAUGCUGCCUGCCGGAAACACAAACUGAGGCCGAAGCUUGAACAAGUCAUCACUCUCGUUUCUGGGAAUAGCUGAGAGUCCAGGAGGGCGGGUUUGCGAGGGGGCAAAAAAAGGGAAGCAGGGGCACACGUCCUCAGCAGAUGGAUCCGAAAAAGACUCUACCUCCAACUUUGACGUGUGGUGCCACCAAGGGGGGGGGGGAACAGACUUGACCUUUUUAACUUCCCCCGUGGGCCAGAGAUCUAUGUGACCUUUUGCACUCUAAGGCUGAAGUCCUGGGGUUGCCAAUGGAGGUUGUGGUGCCCUCCCCUCCUCCCCCAACCUUCAGUCUGGAAGCAAUAACAAGCAUCCUUCCUUCGCAUCUGAACUGGGAAGGGCAACUCAAAAUGAGCAGUGAGGUUGGGGCACAGCCAGAUAACGCCCCCCCUCAAGCUGGCAGCUAGAUGGAGAUCCCUCACCCCCUCCCCAAUGUUUGUGGAUCCUCCCGUUAAGCAUAACAGUCCAUUUCCUAGUCUCCCCCACUCCUCAUCGGUAGCUGGUGGAAUUCGCCCUUGUUCUGUUUUUGGUAACCAUGACAAUUGGAUAUUUUUUAUCCGUACCUGAGAACACCCCCCCUCCCGUUCACCCCCGCCCCACCUGUUGUGCCCUCAUGGGGUGCAGUGCCUUACUCAUUAAUUUAUUAUUGCAUCUUGUUAAGAUUAUUGGCUGUAAAUGAUUCCAUUCCCUGGGUGUAGAGAUUUCAGUGUAAAAAGUCCUCCGUUUCCCCCCUCCCCAUUCUUGAGAGUGUGUGUAAAUAUUUGCACUGCAGCCUGGAGGGAUUCAAUCCCCCCCACUCCUCCAAAAUAAAUAAAUAAAUAAUGUCGUGAAAUAAAAUAAAAUUUAAAAUCCCCCUUGGGGUUUAGAAAUUAAGGUGGGGUGUCCCUGCAGCUGCACUGGCUUUUUAUUGGUUCAUUUUAUAAUUAAUUUUUCUUUUGCUAAAUAAAAGCCUGGAAAAAUGGUUUUUUUCCCCUUGAUAUCAUGUGUGUGCUGGGAUGUAUUGGGAGGGAUUCCAUAAGAGAGCAAUUGCAGAGAAAUGAACCCUGUCUUCAGGCGUUCCAGACUCAUACAGAAAUAUUUUGGUCUCUCUCUUCUUUCCAUAUGCUGUCUUUUGUUCAUCUGCAAGGUUGGUUUCUCCCCUCCUGUCCUCUUUUGAAUUGCACCUAAAACUCUAAGGAUAGUACUCUACCUCACAUGUAGAAUAAGAUCAAAUACUGUCUGUCUGUCUGUUUGUGCGUGUGUGUGUGCAUUUAACACUGCAAUUUCUAGUAUUCAAACACUGCCUGAAAAACAUCAUUUUGGUUUUGUCCUGAGUGCCACCCAGGAAUCAGCUUUUUUGCUGGAAACACUCCUGGGCGUGCAACAAGUACAACAUACAAAUUACAAGCCACACAUCCUUAACUACUCAAGUACCUGGAUUGGGUCUUGCGGUUGGGAUUCCCAAUGUGCAUCUCGGGCAAGGGGAGAAAAGUAUGAUACAGACCCCCUGGAGGCUGUGUUUCCAGCCUUUGAAUACAUGUUUUCCUAUCAAAAAUUGUGAAUGUCAGUUUCUGGAAUUCCAAAAGAAGCAAUUCAUAUUUCAAAUUGGUCACAGGAGCUCACUGCACGGCAUACUCUAAAAUACCCACUUUUUGAAUGCUGGAAGAAUAAAUCUAGCCGUGCCUGGUUAUGCCUUUUGC